AUGUUUCUUGGAAUUUUGCCUGUCAAUCGCUUUAUUUGCCGUGAAGAUACAAGCUCUUCAGAUACUCUGGUCAAAGACAUCACCGGCUCCCCUCCCGUCGCUGCGGUCGGUCUUCCUUCUCCUCGCCGCCGUUGCCACUGCUUCUUCCACCCUCGCCGGCGUCAGACCUUCUUUCUCCUUGCGAACAUCCUUUUCUUCCUUCCCGUCGCUGGCAUCCUGAACUUGUUUGAAGCUAAUAAACCAGGAAGCCUUAUCAACAACUACGUGACUCAGUUAAGUUGUAUGUUGUCAAGCAAAGCAACAAAUCUUGUGAGCCUCCAAGCCCGCCUCAGCAGGUUCCAUCAUCACCUCAAGGAGAUUCUCAGCCAUAAGAGGGCUGCCAUACAUGAAGCCAUGGAACAACAAACAAUAUCCAUAACCAAAGCAGGAAUAACAACAAUUUUGAAUUCCAAGACUUCUGUAUUAGCUGCAACAAACCCUCCAUCAGGUUGUUAUGAUGAUCUCAAAACUGCACAAGAUUGUAGAGAACUUGUACAUAUUCUUCUUGUUGUUAGCGCUGAAGCUACUGCUCAAGACACGCAACAUGGAGGUACAACUCUACAUACUGCUGCUAUGACUAAUGAUUUGGAGUUAGUUAAAAUUAUUCCUUAUGCUGGAGUUGAUGUGAACAUAAGGAAUGUGCAAAAAACCAUUCCUUUGCAUGUGGCAGUAGCAAGAGGAUCAAAAUCAUGUGUUGGAAUGCUUCUUUCUGCAGGUGGUCUGUCGGCGGAGCUCGAUCUCGAUGUAGACGGAAUCAGAUGGACCGCCUUGGAUGAGCAAGAAAAGGUAGGUCCUGUGAAUCAAUGGAAGGUUGCAUUCAUCCCACAAUUUAGGAGUCAUCUCUUCAAUAAUUGCACUGCAGCUGGUGCUUCUUGUCAAACCCAUUGGCAACCCCAUUUCGUGCAGAACUACCCACCCCACCCCUACCCCUACCUACCCACCCACCCCACCCCACCCUCUCCUGUAGAUACAAACUCCAGUGUUGCACAUCUCUCAAGUGGUGAAUCAGAAUUGGAGUCUUCAGAUGAGGAAAAUGUUGGAGGUAAGAGAAAGCAUAUAAAAUGGGAAUCCAUAGUGGGUCCCGCUGUUGACAAAAAUGUAGCACAUGAAGUUGUUGGAUUGAGAGCUGCAACUUUAGGUCACUCUCUCUGGGAAUCAGCAACCUGUACGCACAGAAAUUACAGAGGCUGCAAUGGAAAGGGUUCAGAAAAACUGUCACUUCUGAUUAUAGAAGCAUAUAGAGAUGCCCAUCAAAAGAGUGUCCAGGUAUAUAGAGUUUCAGAUACGGAACUUGUGAGUGUGCUUUCGAGUGCAGAAGAUGAGGUCAAUGUAGCUUGCUUUCAUCCUCUUGCUGGAAGUGGUCUUGUUUAUGCAACCAAGGAAGGCAAACUUACAAUCCUUCAGCAUGAUGGUGGUCAUGCGCCCAGACCUGAUCACUUUUUUGAAGCAAGAGCAGUUGAGAUAUCUUAUUUAACUGCAUUGCAACUUGGAAUUAAAUGGAUAUUUUUUGGAGGGAUUUUCAUAAGGGGUGAAUGCUCAUGA